AUGCCUGAGGCUGAAAAUGUUAACAGGUAUAUUAUUUAUAAACCUACAAGAAAGUACAACGAAUUUGCAAACAAGGUUAAAAAUGUUCAGCCACUUCUGAAAUGCAUAUGAUUUUUGAGGCCUGGCUUGUUCACAGGUAAGGAGAAUUCAUCAUCUUUCAGUCCAAACUGGAUUGGGAUGCGGAGAAGUAUUGCCAUUAAUGCAGCUGACUUCCUGCUAAGAUUUCUGAGCUUUAAAGAAAUGUUUUGUUGGAGUUAAGGUCUUUGCAACCAGUUGAAUUCAGGUCUUGAUCAGACCAGACCACCAAUUUGAGAUUCUUCAACCAAGCAAAUCAGUGGACAACAAUUAAGUUUAUUUCUUUGAUUUGGUACAAACUAUUACUGGCUGCUUAAAAACACACUUUACCCUAAAGUCCCUGCAAUUUCAAACUAUGAUACUUUGAACAGUUGAACUAAAUGACCACUGAGGUAUUAUAUAACUUGAUUUUUUGCAUGAUGGUGCACAGAUGUUUAUCUUUUAUGGCUCUGAUCAAUGCACAUCUAGCAAUAUGCCAUUGUUUAAUUUUUUUCUUUCUAAAGCUUGGUACAAUUAAGUCACAAAAGUGAAGUUUAAACAAAACCUUGUCAGGGGUAUAGAAAGGGUAAUUUGGAAAGAAAUAUGUUAACAAAAACAAUAAGGCAUUUUACGGUUGUGAACUUAUAGUUGCCAAGCUUUUGAUUUGCAGUAAGGCUGAAGGUGACCAUAUUGUGAUAGAGACCAAUAUCUUGUUAGCAUGAUAUCAAAGUAACUUACAUUUGAGAAGCUGGAACAUGUGUAUCAUUGAAACAAGGUCAAACUUGUAGCCUCACUCCUCUUCAAAGGCUUGGCAACCAAGCAGGCAAAUGUAAAAUGGACUAUUCAGACACAAUGCAGCUUCAGCAAUUAAUCUUAAACAGUAUGAUUCCCCCUAUCUUUAUUACUAUGUAACUCAGGGUUCUAACUCUUAAAAGAUUGAAACAUGUCUCAAUUAAGGCCAUUUUACAGUUGUGUACUUAGCUGCCAAGCCUUUGAUUUGGAGCGAGGCUGAAGGUGAUCUUGAUGUGAUAGAGACCAGUAUCUAGUAAUUUGCAUUUGAAAAGCAGCAAGGUUUGCAUCAUAACAAAGUCAACCAGUCACACAACCGUAAAAUGGACUACUAUUAAUCUUCCUUUAACAAAUUGUUCAGGCUUUAAAUUGAAUAACAGCAUGGUUGUUUCAAUUCAUGAGUACUGUCCCAUGCACCCAUCUUAUGAUCCCAACCACCUGCAACAAAACUCUUUGUUCAAUCUGUUUUUGCUAAAGGAGACUUCACUUUUGAGACCCCCUCUUAAUUCAUAACCCCUCCCUCUUCCCUACAGUUUUUUAAGGUUUGAGGAGGGCAUGUUGGGAGCUGCAAAUUUGAUUAUUGGUUAUCAUUAGAUUAUUAUUGAACAUGGAAUUAUAUUAAUUAGAAAAUCACAAACCAAGUAGCACACAGUGAGGCACUCACGUCACCUUGUAAAUGUGCGGCUGUGACUAAAAGUGGGACGUGGAACUCGGAGACGUGGGACUCGGAGACGUGGGACUCGGAGACGUGGGACUCGGAGACGUGGGACUCGGGGACGUGGGACUCGGGGACGUGGGACUCGGGGACGUGGGACUCGGGGACUUGGGACUCGGAGACUUGGGACUCGGAGACUUGGGACUCGGAGACUUGGGACUCGGAGACGUGGGACUCGGAGACGUGGGACUCGGAGACGUGGGACUCGGAGACGUGGGACUCGUGGACUCGGGGACUCGGGAACGCGUGGGGACUCGGGGACGUGAUAAACAAACAAUACCUGAUAUUUGCGCUGAAUUUGUAGAGUACAAUUUUCGGUGGUCUCGAGAAAGCUAUUAUAUGCUGGAGAGCUUGUUAGUUGUAGCCGAUGCUUUUCAACGUCCAUGGUUCGGCCAGACAUGUUUGCUUGCCUAUUUCUCCGUGAGAAAUCUGGGAACAGAAUAGUUUCAACGCAGGGGGUCUUGAAACUGUUAAAAAAAUCGAGUCCCAGUCCCCACGUCCCCGUCCCACUUUAAGUCACAGCCUAAAUGUGCUGUGGAUUAAUUUUUUUCCAUUUUUCAGAGAAAAAGUUCAACCAAGCAAAGGUACAGUUGAAGUGCUCUAUUGCAACUAACCCUCUCCCAUGAAAAAAGAUCCAGGCCGUUUGGCCUUGGAAAUCACCUUUCAAGUUAUACUGAGAGACAGGCGACAUAAAUAGUACACAAACACUUUGUAAACAUUACGCGCUUAUCAGAUCAAAUUUGUCAUUCUCCAUACUGUCAACCAUAAAAUUCUUGUAAUAUUAGUUCCCAAAUUAUUCCCAAAUUGAUAUUUUUCUUCAUUCUCACCACUUAUCUGGUUGACAUUGUAUUGAUAUUGUAAGGAGAAACUCUGUCUUGCUCACUCAUGGGAGUUAAAGAGCUAAAAACUGUUCCACUCGUAGGUUUGUAAGAUUUCAUAUAAAUGAUGAUGAUGUGUUAUAUGUAUUAAGUCAGUGAGUACUAAAUGAUGUAAUAUAAAAAGUAAUUGUUGUAAUAACUUUGAUUAUAACUCCUAUAAUGAUCCGUAACAUGGAAAUAAUGGAAAGUUUGUAAAAAAUUGUGAAAACGUUUACAGGCCAGACACUAUUAUGAUAUUUGAAAAAAAGAAAAUAUCAUAAACUCCCCUUAGGACAUUGCUUUUUGCACCAAAAUGAACCGUUAUUUUACUCUCUGUAUUCUAAACUACGUAUAAAGGUUAAAAACUUUACAUCUACUAAGUUUUAUCGUUGCAAGUUUGUUACUGGAGUGGAUUGUGGGUCAUUAUCAAGUACACACAAGUGUGUAUUCAAUUUAGUAGUUCCGUAAUAACUUGCCAACUAACACUUGAUAAAUAACUCCCCCCCUCUCCUUCCCCCUUUCCCCCCCCCCCUUACCAAAAAAAGGGGACUUCGAGGUACGUACUGUAACUUGCAGGCCAAGUUUUUUCGCUUGGAUUUACAGCACACACCACUAAAAAGAGGUUAAUAAGUAAUUUAUAAUAUCUCAGUCUGGGUUCCAAUAGAGGGAGAAGAUUUCAAUUCUUUCAAACUUUUGUAUUUUUGUAUUUGGCAGGCCGUAUAGUGAAAUAACGCCUGCCCACGUACUAAAUGAGCGACAUACUUAGUGAAAAUAAACAAUAAAACAAAUAUAUUUAUUUAUUUUUUAACUUAACGAAAUUCUUCCCGAAAGGACCCGAAUGAUUUAGGGCUGUAAAUACGGCAAGAUCUUCCAUAAACAGAACGGUUUUUGAGCGAGUAAAUGGUAGUUAAAAUAGAGGUGAUACAAAUUAAAGAGAGAUGCUUCACCGAAACAUUUUCAUUUGCGUAAUGAUAAAGGUGAUUUAAAGGCUUCCAAACAAAUUUUGAAACAUUAUUUUCACAAGUAUCUGUCUCCAUCUGACACCUGUCAAUAAGAGAGCGCGUAAGGAGAAAAAAACGCAUGUACACGUUUGAAAAACAACGAAACUAGUUCGGCAAGGACUGUCACGACAAUGUUUUCUUCAAAAACAGUCUAUGAUCUAACGGAAGUAUUAUUCAUUCUCAUUGACGAUUAAUUCAUGUAAGAAGAUUUACCUCUGUUCAUUAAGUAAACGGCGAGGAAAGUAAUUGUAAGUAAAUGCAAAUUUUUUAUUUUGAAGUUGUGAGAGUUUGCUCGUUUGUUUGCUGCAAUGGCGUGUGGUUCCUUUGGCCGAAAAGCAACCAUUUCAGAGUUUUCGAAGAAAUUGGCCACAAAUGGGUGCAUGCAAAAGAAUAUAAACUGAACUUAAUUUAUUUUCUCUUGGUGCAUAUUUAAACUGAAAAUUUUGAUGAUCCUUUUUUCUUCUUCAAUACACCAAGGAAUGGGCCACACCAACAUUUACAAGCCAAUGUCGAAGCCCAUUUUGAACUUAGCUUGUGCGAGGUUACAAAUACCUGAGAAUGAACCAUUAUCAGAAAAGACGAACUGGAGGGUUUAGUUACAAUAAAAACAAACCUGAGAGAACUCGAUGCUGCGAUGAAUGGUGUUUUGCAAAGAAUAGGCAAUACCGAGGAAUCAAUCAAAACGGUGAAAUUCCAGCUGUGAAGCAAAAUAAACAAACAGUUGUCACCCUUUGAGGCGCGAUUAACUGUCAUCGAACGGGAAGGGGAACUGCGUGAUGAAAUGAUAGAAAAUUAUCGUAGAAUCCAACAAAAUUUACAAGGCGAAAUCGAAGCAAUAAGACGAAAGAUACAAGAGCUACCAAUCACAAGGCCAGAAAGCACUGGCAAGAGGCUGCAAGCUGGUGCCCUUGGAAUGAGCACCUUUCAGCUUUCAACAUUGGUGGGCCCUUCGACGCCCCCUCUCCCAAGACCAACAGGCCUUCCCCGAAGUCAGAGGAGAAUUUCUGGAGUCGCCCAGCUUGCAGAUAUGACGGACGGUAA